CACCAUGUUAACAACUCUGAGACACCAUCACCGUCAUCUCUUUCGUCGAUUAAACCCCUAUCUUACCAUUUGGUUCGCCUCCGCUCACUACAAACCCCAUAAACCACCGCCUCCACAACCACCACCAAGACCCCCAAAACCACCGCAAAAACCCGCCACCUUCACCCUCCACGACCACACAUGGGAAGAUACUUACAGCUGGAUGUCGAAUCUCAAUGAUAAAGUGGCGAUGCGUCACAUGGACGUGUACAUGGAGCAAGAAGAAAAGUACACCGAAGCCGUUUUAUCCGACACCGAUCGACUCCAAUCCAAACUCCAAUCGGAAAUGGCGUCUCGCAUGUCUUCUCAGCUCUCUACUCCUCCCCUUCGUUGGGGUCCCUGGUUGUAUUAUAGGAGAGUGGAGGAAGGGAAGCAAUAUCCGAUACUCUGUAGGAGAUUAGCUAGCCUGAAUGAUGAGUUCAUUUCUCACAAAAGUCCGACUGCUGGGUUCGAUUUCAGAUCUGGGAAGAGGAUUGAACAGAAGCUUAUUGAUUACAAUCAAGAAGCAGAAAGAUUUGGGGGAUAUGCAUAUGAGGAGUUAUCAGAAGUGUCACCUGAUCAUCGAUUUAUUGCAUACACCAUGUAUGAUAAGGACAAUGAUUUCUUUAAAUUAUGUGUGAGGGAUUUGAAUUUCGGUUCGCUUUGUAGUAAGCCACAAGCUGAUUGGGUGUGUAACGUGGCCUGGGCUAUGGGCGGUCAAGCAUUGCUAUAUGUUGUCACUGAUCAAAAUAAGAAGCCGUACAGAUUAUACUGUAGCAUGCUUGGAUCAAAGGAUGAAGAUGUGAUACUCUUAGAAGAACUGGCAGAAAAUGUGCAUGUUAAAAUUCGACAUACUAAGGAUUUCAGGUUUAUUACUGUAAAUGUAUUCUCAACCACAUAUUCAAAGGUUUUUCUAAUCAAUGCAGCUGAUCCACUCUCUGGCUUGACCCUUGUGUGGGAGUGUGAGGUGUGUGCACAUUGCAUUAUCGAGCAUCAUCAAGGAUAUCUUUAUCUUUUUACCAAUGCUGACAGAGGUGGUCAGUCAGUCGAUUGCCAUUAUCUCCUCCGAAGUUCUCUGCAUUUUUCUGGUCCAAGAAAGUGGGAGAGUUUAUUUAUCGAUGACAAAGACUUGAUCAUCGAGGAUGCUGACUUCUGCAACUCACAUGUGGUUCUUACUGUCAGAGAGGGUGGAAGAUUCAGACUUUGUUCAGUUGCACUGCCUCUGCCAAACAAUAAGGGUAUGGUCCAUCUCAGAGAAUUCUGUCCACAUUUUCUACCUCUUCCGGAGUCGGUUUCCCAGAUCUCACCUGGACCGAAUUAUGACUUCUAUUCCUCAGUCAUGCGGUUUACCAUUUCUUCACCUGUGAUGCCUGAUGCAGUUGUUGAUUACGAUUUAUCAACCGGUAAAUGGGAAAUCAUUCAACAACAUAAUUUGCUCCAGGAGAGGACCCGUGUUUUGUAUGGUACAGCUUCUACGGGCAGCACUAUUAAUAUAUCUGAAAUUUCAGUCCCCGAUAAUGAAGUUAAUUCAGAAGAUGACCAUUCAUGGAAUGAUCUCUCUGAGUUUUAUGCAUGUGAACAACAUGAAGUCAUUUCUUCUGAUGGAGUUACAGUUCCUCUAACUAUCGUUUAUUCACACAAAAGAAAGAAGGAAGGUGAAAAUCCUGGAUUACUUCAUGGACAUGGUGCUUACGGUGAGUUACUCGACAAAAGAUGGCGUAGUGAGUUAAAAAGCCUUCUUGAUCGUGGUUGGGUUAUCGCAUAUGCUGAUGUUAGGGGUGGAGGUGGCAGAGGAAGGAGGUGGCAUGAAGAUGGUAGACGGACUAAAAAACGUAAUUCUAUCAAGGAUUAUAUUUCGUGUGCUAAAUUUCUUGUUGAAAGGGAGAUUGUGCAUCAAAACAAGCUUGCAGGUUGGGGAUAUAGUGCUGGAGGACUCUUGGUUGCUUCAGCUAUUAAUUGCUGUCCAGAUUUAUUCCGUGCUGCCGUUCUGAAGGUUCCGUUUUUGGACCCGAGUAACACUCUUGUCUAUCCCAUUUUGCCACUUACUCCUGUCGACUACGAAGAAUUUGGCUACCCGGGUGACAUCGAGGAUUUUGAAGCCAUAAGGAAAUUUUGUCCCUACGAAAACAUUCAAAAGGGUGUUCGUUAUCCUGCGGUUUUGGUCACCUCAUCGUUCAAUACAAGAUUCGGAGUAUGGGAAGCUGCAAAAUGGGUUGCCCGAGUUCGUGAACGAACCAUUUACAAUCCAAACCAUCCAAUUCUUCUCAAUUUAACCACAGAUAUAGUUGAAGAAAACAGAUAUUUACAGUGCAAAGAGUCAGCCAUAGAAGCUGCAUUUCUCUUGAAGAUGAUGGAUUCCUAAAAAUGGAGAUGAUAUAUCGCAAAUCCUGUCAAGACUUUUUGGGAAGCUUUAUAAUGACUUGGUCAACUCAACUUUGUUGUAAAGAUGACUUUUGAGGAAAAUGUACAAAAAUCAUCAUUUCAUAUUUUCCACUUUAUUCCAAUCUUUUCACCCAAAGUCUGUUGUAAUGGUGGAGUAGGUUAUCUUUGGUUUACUUCCCCAUUAAAGUGGCAGGCAAUCCAUCAUCACCAAAACAAUAGAGGACCCUCUUCUAAAGAUAGACCGGAGUCGGUGCAUUUGAAUCUCUAUGGCCACACCACAAGGGGAUUUUUAUUCCUCCUUGGAUUUGAACCUGGGACCUCCUGGUACUUUUUGACAUUUGGAGCCAAGUUCAAACUAAUCAGGCACCACUCUUGUGGUUUCAUGUAAUAUUUUUGUAAGUUUGGUAUCUAAAUGUUAUAAAAUCAGCAGGU